AUGAAGUUAAUUUGCUCGAUCGUUGAGAAAAAUAUGCCCGAAAAUCGAUACGAAGAGAAAGCGGGCACAUUGAAACCAAGAAACACAUUUGCGACUGGGGGUUGUUGGGAAAAUAAAGUUAGACGGGGACAAAAGGUUGGAAAAAAAUUCCAAAAGAUCGGAAAAAAGUGAAAAAAGGUCGGAAAAAAACAAAAAGUCAGAAAACAGGUAUUUUAGCAGUUUUUCCGACCUUUUGGCAUUUUUUUUCCAACCUUUUGGACUUUUUUCCGACCUUUUGUCACUUUUUUCCGACCUUUUGGCUUUCCAACUUUUUGUCACGGACUCCACAUAUUGAGUCAACAAUCCAUUUUUGCAGUUGUGCCCACGACCGCCUCGUGGAUGCUCACCGUCCGCUCUACGAAAGAGGCGCCCCGCCAACCAGUGAGCUCCUCGAUAAAACCGGUCAGUGCUCCCACUGUAUUCCCAACAAAAAUCGUCAAUUUCCCUGCAGAGUUCACCGGCGAAAAGUCGGUGUCGAUCGAAAUGUCAGAGUACGAAGGCGCUCCUCGCUUUCUGAGCGUCGACUUUUACGGCGAUCGCCGCACGAGCAUCGACGAGGAGUAUCCGGGCGAAUGGAAGCUGAAGUUCGAGGUUCGGGUGGUGCUCCCGGAGGAGGUGAAACUGAUUUCCGAGGAUCGGGUCGAAGGAUUCUGGGCGGAAGGGGAGGAGGAGUUGACGGAUGUGGAGGAUGAUUCGGAGGAAGAGGAGGAAAAGGAAGAAGAGGAGGAAAAGAGAGAUGAUCUGAAGCGGAAGGCGGAGGAAGAAGUCGCCGAAGGACCGUCGUCGGCCAAAGAGCCGCGAACGGACGUGCCGCCGACUCAGCAGUUCCGGAGAGCCCGUCACGGAUGCCGCAAGUCGACCGGCGGCAACUUCUUCUGGAGCAUCGACGAGAACGGAGUGAUGCGCACGAGCUCCAAGUUCAAUCUCAAUGUCACUCUUCCCGACGAUUUCUAUCAAAAUCGCCCGCAGCUGAGACAUUAA